AUGGAGAAGAUUGUGGACGAGAACGGCCACAAUGCGGGCUAUGCCACCUUUGUCGAAACCAUGGCGCAGCAAGCGAAGGAGAGCAAGAAGCUGGCGAUUUUCUUCGGGCACGAGGUGGUGGGCCUUCGUCGUGGCAACGGCUCUGACGUCAUUUUGUCUGUGCAAGGGCCUUCCAAGACCUUUGAGGUUGAGGCCUCAGCGGCGCUGCUGAACAUCCCCCAGCUGCCGCUGCUGCGGCUGCUGCGCGCCAGCGCCCAGGUGGACCCUGCAAUGGCGCCCUCGCCCCAGCUCUUUGCGCCCAAGGGCUUCUCGAUUCUGAAGCUCUACGUCCACUACCAGGAUGCAUGGUGGAGGAACUACUUGAAUCUCGUCGGCGGCGAGUUCUCCAACAUGGCAAGCUUUGACGACUGGAAUGCGCCCUAUCAGUUCCCCUUCCCACUGGAGGGCCGCUACUGGGAUGGUGACUUCCGCUGCGACGGGACGAACGGUAGCUGCCGAGGCUACUUGGAGGCCAUCUAUGGGGGCGGGGAUGAGAUCAUCGACGCCUUCCGGCCUUGGAUGCUGGCGGACCGCAAGGGCGACCCCGUUAUCCAGCUGGACUCGAAGAGGGCAUCAGACGCGGACCUGCUGAAGCGCAUCCACCGUACCUUGGUGCUUCAUCACGCGGAGGCGCUCCGGAAGGUGGGCAAGCUGGAGCUGGUGAAUGCCAGCUUGCCGGACUCCGCCGUGCUCUCCAGCUGGACUGCAGAGGCCGCAGGCUUCGAGGCUGGCUGCCAUGGCCUGAAGGUGCCCAGCCCCAAGGGCACUGGCAUGGAGGAUAUCCAGCCAGUCUACAACUCCAGCGCGCAGCGCCUCAAGUUUGUGCAGCCGCUGGGCAAGGAUGUGCGUGUCUUCCUGGCGGAUGAGGCCUACGGGUGGCCCAGCUGCUGGGCCGAGAGCUCUUUGAUCCUGGCGGAGAACGCGGUGCAUGAGAUGGAGGGACUUGGGAAGCCGGACUGGAUGCCGGAGUCCGUGUACCGCUUCGUGAUGUUCAAGGACCAGGGGCCCCCUGCAGAGGGCUUUGUGGCGCCCAGCUGCGGCGGGGAUCCCUUCCUGCAGCGAGAUCGGGUGCGGCCAGGCCGUGACUUCGUGGUGUGA